ACCCGACUGCAUUUUUACUGCAGAUUAAAUUUAAAUUCAUGUUAAAUUUAAUCUCAUCAUCUUCAGAUUAAAAUCAAACUGAUGAAAGAAAUGAAAGAGUUUUGAUGGAGGAAACUCCUGAUGUUCUGUGGAUCGGCGCCCUCUGCUGGAAACUCACUAAACUAACAGGAAGACUGGACGCACCGUCCACUUUAUUAGGUCCAGGUCCAGAGCCCUAAGCCUGCCGUGUUCUGGUUGAGCAGCAGAGGGCGCUGCAGCAGCUUCCAGACAGACUCGGAGCCUCCUGGAUGCUGCGGCUCUGCGGCGGCUCUCUGCGGCGUCGCCAUGGGAACGCUGCUCUCUCUGCCUCCCGGCUGCCGAUCCGCCGCGGCGGCUUUGAAGGAGCCGGCGGAGGUUCCUGAGGAGGAGGAGGAGAAGAAGAGGCGCUCUGUGCUGCUGCAGGCGCUGCGCUGCAGGAAGCGGCUGGCGGCGCUGGGCUCCAGGGGGAAGUCGGCCCUCGAGGGCCCCAAGGUCAGAGCGCGGCCCCGGCAGGAGGAGCAGAUGUGCAUCAGGAGGCUGGUGGUUCAGGCCUCCACAGGCGAGCUUCUUCACUGUCUGUCCGACUUCCUGCGCCGGCGCUGCGUCAAGCUGAAGGAGUUCCCGUCCAAUCGGAUCGUCGUCUGGCUCAGGAACGUGGAGCGAGCGCUGCUGCUGCAGGGCUGGCAGCAUCAGGGCUUCCUCAGCCCGGCCAGCCUCGUCUUCGUCUACCUGCUCUGCAGAGACGCGGUGGACGAGGACACGGCCUCGGAGCAGGAGCUCCACGCCACCUUCCUCACCUGUCUCUACCUGGCCUACUGUUACCUGGGCAACGAGAUCUCCUACCCCAUGAAGCCGUUCCUGGUGGAGUCGAGCCGCGACGUCUUCUGGGAGCGAGCGCUGGAGGUCAUCGAGCGUCGGAGCGCCGACAUGCUGCGCCUCAACGCCGAGCCGCGAUUCUUCACCGAGGUUUUCCAGGACCUGAAGAGACACAGCGGCGGCGGCGGCGGCGGUGGAGGCGGCGGCACCCAGAGGACGACGGACCAGCGGAUGGACGAUCUGGACUGAGAGAGCCUGACCCACCUAGGGCUGAUGCAGCUUCCUGUUAAGGUUCCCAUGGCAACUACACCCGUACCAAACUCUCAGGACCGGUUCUGACUCACCAGAACCUCCUCAGGUACAAAUAGGUCCAGAUGAAGGCCUGGACGGAUCCGUCUCUGGGCUUCAGAACCGGACAGCAGGACACCAGAGUACACUUCAUCUGAGUCUGGCUGUUUCCACACCUGAUGGUCCGGUAGACCCGGUUCUACUGGAAAUCAAAAUGCAACAUUUGCUACAUUUUCAGCUGGUUUGGUUCUUUCAAACUGAACUGGGUCAAACAAUCCAAACUAGCUGAAAACCUGUUCCCCUCCUGGCCUGUGGGGGCGCUGAAGGAAACGACACUAAAGACACUGAGCAAAACUUCCUUCUUCACCAAAAGGAACCAGAUGGAAAGAUGUCAGAUCAUAUCAGUUAUUAGUCUUUGGCUAAAGACCAUGAGUCGUUUCUCCUGCUAGCGCUGGCUAGCACGUUUGUUUUGGUUGCAUUACCCA